UUUUUUUUUUUAAAGGGCAGCCACCGCCAUCCGGUCAAACGCUUUUCGAGUCUCCUUUUUUUUUUCUCAUCCCAACUUGCUUUCGCUUUUUGUGGUGGUAAAUUCAUCCUUUCCUGUCCAGUUUGCUCUGUGACGGCCGUCCUUCGCUUUUUCCUCCUUACUGACCACUUUGGGAAUAAAAUACUCAUUUUCUACCUUAUCUAUAUACUCAUCCUACCUUUAAUCCUAAUCCAUCAACAAUGCGUUUCACAACCGUCUUCGCCGGAGUGGCGGCCAUGGCUGCCACCACGGCCAACGCAAUCCAGGGCUUCAACUACGGCGCAUUCUUCCUGAACCAGCAGCCCAAGCUGCAGGCCGAUUUCGAAUACGAGUUCCGUCGUGCUCAGCAGCUGCCGGGCACCUCUGGAUGGAACUCUGCCCGCCUGUACACCAUGGUUCAAUGGCAGACGGCCAACGACGUUGUCCAGGCCAUCCCCGCCGCCAUCAACACCCGCACAUCCCUCCUGCUGGGCCUCUGGGUCUCGGGCGGCCCGCAGGCCAUCGAGAACGAGCUGACUGCCCUCCGCAAGGCCAUUGACCAGUACGGCACGGCCUUCACCUCGCUCGUCGUCGGCAUCUCGGUCGGCUCCGAGGAUCUGUACCGCAACACCAACAACGAGGUCGGUGUCGACGCCGCCUACCUUCUCAACUGCAUCCAGCGCACACGUGACCUGAUCCGCGGCACGUCCCUCGCCAACGUCCCCGUCGGCCACGUCGACACCUACAACGCCUUCCUCGACGGCCGGAAUGCUGCAGUCAUUCCUGCCAUUGACUUUAUCGGCUUCGACGGCUACCCCUACUGGGAGCAGACUCUGCCCAACUCCAUCGAGAACAGCCGCGAGCGCUUCUACGACGGUCUGAACAAGACCAUUGCCAUCUCCCAGGGCAAGCCCGUCUGGAUCACCGAGACUGGCUGGCCCGUCGUUGGAAAGCAGAUCAACCAGGCUGUGGCCAGUGCACAGAACGCCAGGAAGUACUGGCAGGAAGUUGCAUGCUCCCUGGUCCGCGCCAACAUCAACGUCUGGUGGUAUAUGCUUCAAGAAUCUCAAUGGGGUCAGGCAGAGACUGAUUUCGGUGUUUUUGGCGCUGGUGACCUUUUCUCCAUCAACCCUUACUACGAUCUCUCCUGUUAAAUGGUGUAUGACUGCUCUUAGGAGUAGGUCAUAGAAUGAUUGAGAAAACACAUGCUGUUUGCGUUGAACUUUGGUAAUCCUAUACAUUGAUGGAUAAACUUGGUGUAGGAUUGAUAUCAAAAUAAUAAACAAGAGAACUGAGAUCACGUGCACCCCCGGUCCUUAUCCUCUUAUUGCCAUUGGCGCUAGCAUGCACAACUUGAUACUUACCCCAGAAACCCCAGUUUGUCCAGAUAAACAGUGCAUAUUCGAGGCAUUGGCUGAUGUAAUCCAGCAAUGCUACCUUUGGUUCCCUGGAGUAGGACGAGUGAAAUUUGUACGAUACAAAC